CGACAGAUGCAGAAAAAAUAGUGACUGCGGAAAAUCCAAGUUAUGCCAGUACUGCAAUUGCAAAAUAUACUUUAGGGCUUUCAAUCACGUGUAGAAUGACGGACACGAUUACGAGCAUAGAGUCUCCUUCUCACUUGAUUUCCACUGAAUUGAAUAUUAACGGCGAUGCUAAAACCUCGAGGAUUAGUCUGGCCGAAGAAAUCACUUAUUUAGAGAGAGACUUUAUUUUAGUAGUGAAAAGUAAUGGAUUAGAUGAACCAAGAGCAUUUAUUGAAUAUAAUCCAAAGACGGAAACAAAUGUUGUUAUGUUAACAUUGGUCCCGAAAUUUUCUCCAGGUUUAGCGAAAAUGAACGAAAUGAUAUUUGUAGUUGACAGGUCAGGUUCAAUGUCUGAUGGUCCAAUCCUUAAAGCAUCACAAGCUCUUCAAUUAAUUCUUCGUUCGCUUCCCGAAAACUGUCUUUUCAAUAUCGUUUCCUUUGGAAGUGAGUUUGACUCCCUAUUCAAGGAAAGUGAACGCUAUUCAGAGAAGACAUUUUCCAUUGCCUUAUCCCAUGUUGAAAAUAUGGAAGCUGAUUACGGUGGAACAGAAAUAAAAAACGUUCUCGAAUGGGUAGUUAAGACUGCUCGUAGUGAUAUGCCAACUUCUGUUUUCUUACUGACAGAUGGCGAAGUAUGGAACGUCGACGAACUAGUCCAACUGAUUCAGAAAGCUGCCAACAGCCCAACCAAAGAUUUCCGACUUUUCUCUUUAGGCAUUGGAUCUAGCGUCUCGCAUCAUUUAGUAGAGUCGAUUGCUCGAGCCGGGAAAGGUUAUGCGCAAUUUGUCACUGAUGAAGAACGCAUGGAUAAGAAAGUUAUCGGAAUGGUAAAGAAUGCAAUCAAAAGCACUUUAACGGAUUAUCAAGUUGAAUGGAUUGGCAGGACGCCAACAGAGACCAAGAAUAAAUCGAUUCUUUCGUUUCCCUGGAGUUCGAAAAAAAAUGAGAAUGAUAAAAUUCGCCAGGCUCCAAACUCUAUUCCCACUAUAUAUUCGGGUGUGCGUGUAGUAGUUUACGCGAUUCUGGCGAAAGGCGUUGAGCCUAAAAAAGUUAUAACUCUUUCGGCACAAUCCUUGGAUGGCCCGAUUAAACUUGACAUCGAUGUAGAUCCGGUAACACUUCAGGGAUCAAAAAUACAUACAUUGGCUGCUCGGAAAUUAAUUCAGGAUUUGGAAGAAGGCACUUCUUUCCUGCAUGCCGAAUCUGAAGAAAAAAAUAAAGUUUCCGAUGAUCUUGUCAAAGAGCAAAUUAUUAAUCUUGGUAUUACUUUCAGCCUUGCAUCACGAUAUACCAGUUUUCUAGCAAUAGACGAGAAAACUAAAUCUGAAAUUGCCAGAAGCGAAACACUUAAGCAGAAAAGAGAAGUUCCAGAAGUUAAACGUUCUUUUAUUAUGCCAAGUGUAAUGUUUAGUGCAGAUAAAUUUAAUGAAUGUGCAGAAGAAUUUGAAUCAUUUAGUAAUAAUAUUUCAGCGGUAUAUGAUUCUGAAGCAUACGAACCAGGAGAAUUAACUUCAAUGGCAUUUUUCUCACAAACUCAAUCAUUAAUAUCAUUUGACACAAAGACAUCAACUAUUGAUACAUUAUAUGCAUUUCUAAAAUUACAAUCUUUCGAUGGAAAGUUCGUUGCAAGAGACUCUAAUUUUUCGAGUCUAUUUUCCGGAGACGAUUCAAAGAAAGCCGACAAUUUAGAGUGGACAACAGCCGUGGCAAUGGCUUAUUUGGAGAUUGUGAUGAAAGAGUUUAAAGAAGAAUGGGAAUUAUGCUAUGAAAAGGCGGAACGCGCAUUAAUCAAGUUGAUUGGUGAAAGUGGGAGAGAAAAGAAGGUUGAAAAUCUUUUGGCGGAGGCUCGUGAAUGGGGCCGUGCAUUUGAUCGUUUGUUUUAUAUUAUUUUUGAGAACACUAAUUAUGAAGAUGCUCUCGCGGAUCCUUAUUUUAAGAGUUUGACUAAUCAAGGACUUUUUCUUACUAAUUUUUAUGCGCUUGCUCAUCCAUCUGAACCCAAUUAUCUGGGAUUGAUUUCGGCACAGACAUUUGAAAAAGACGAACAAUACACAAGACUUGAUUUGAAUAGCACCACGCUCAUUGAUUUGCUUGAACCAAAAGGAAUCACUUGGAAAUCAUAUCAAGAAAAUUAUCCAGGAAAUUGUUACAAGGAAUAUUAUUCUCCAGAUAGAAAAUAUGCAGAAAGACAUAACCCAUUCAUGUCGUUUCCAAGUAUUUCAGGUGUCCCAGCACGAUGUGCCAGAGUCGUACCAGCUACCGAGUUAGAUGUUGACAUUAGUGAGAAUAACUUGCCUCAGUAUAUGUUUUAUACUCCCAAUCUGGAUAACGAUGCACAUGACACAAACAUAACAUUCGCAGGCGCUUAUUUUUCAAAAUUUUUAAGUCCAAAACUCAAAGACUCAAAAUUUUUCGAUAACAAGACAUUAAUCAUAAUCACAUUCGAUGAAUCAGAAUUUUACAACAAUACAAAUCAAAUUUACACGUUAUUGCUUGGCUCAGCGAUUGAUCCUUCGUUGCGUGGCAAAACAGAUGACACGCCGUAUAAUCAUUACUCGGUGUUGAGAUCAAUUGAAUUUAAUUGGAACUUAGGAUCUUUGGGACGUAAUGACACCAACGCAACUGUGUUUAAAUUCAUUAAUGAUUCUCCUCCACUAUUGGAUGACUCAAAAACAAGCGAAUCUGAUCCGGAAGUUAAAAUUGCGAGUUAUAGUGGAUCUUCAGUUUUAUUUUCAUCAUUUGAAAAUAUGUCAAGAACACAAUUUUGA